CCAGUUGCAGUAACCUUUCGCUAACCCCUCCUCCGUUGUUCCUUCUAUCUUUUCCUUCCUUCUCCGGCAUUGAUAACGAUGCCUUCCCUCUUCCUUUCCCUCUUCAGCAUCGAAUCUCACCUCUUCCAUUAAAGCCGGUUAUACCCUUUUAGCUGUUUCAGCUUCUGCCGCUUUUUCUCUGCCGGAGUCCGUCUUUAAUAGCCUCGGAGGAGCUGCCCCUUUGAUGUUGUGAGGCUGCUGAGCUCGAGCGCCGGCGGCGAUUCCGAUGGCGGCCGGGACCAUGGCGACCGCCGCGGGAGUGGCCGUGCUGCUUUACUUCGUCGUGAGGAGGACACUGGCGUCGCCCGAUGAGGAGACCGGUGAUCGCGGCGGGGACCUGUCGAAAUCGAGCAGAUCCGUGAAGAGGAGGCUGUCCCGGCGCCCUGCGCAGGCCCCGGCGACGCUCUAUGAGACGAUCGCGACGCUGUCGGAGACGCUGAGGUUCACAUACUCGGAGACCCUGGGGAAGUGGCCGAUUGGGGACCUGGCAUUUGGGAUUAAUUACCUGAUGCGGAGGCAGGGUGACAUUCAAGUUGCGAGUGUCUAUGCUGGGAGUAACUGUGUGCAACUAAAAGGCCCUGAGAUUCUUGCUGAGGUGAACAGUCUCCUGAGGUUGCUGACCCUUGGUAUGCUGUUCUCGAAAAAGCCAUUUCCGGUGUUCCUCGAGUCUUCUGGGUACUCCGAAGAAGACGUCCUCCUUCAGAAGCCUAAGGCUGGGCUUCUUAAGCCAGCUUUCACCAUCAUACGCGACAAGAACUUGAAGUGUUUCCUUUUGUUGAUUCGGGGCACACACAGCAUCAAAGAUACUCUAACUGCAGCCACUGGUGCUGUGGUCCCCUUUCACCAUUCGGUUUUACAUGAUGGUGGGAUAAGCAAUCUAGUAUUAGGAUAUGCACACUGCGGGAUGGUCGCUGCUGCUCGUUGGAUUGCAAAACUUAGCACUCCUUUCCUGAUUAGCGCUCUUGCUGAAUGCCCAGACUACAAAAUUAAGGUAGUCGGGCAUUCACUUGGUGGUGGUACAGCUGCUUUGCUAACGUAUAUCCUCAGAGAACAGAAGGAGUUUUCCUCGAGCAUUUGUGUCACUUUUGCCCCUGCCGCAUGCAUGACGUGGGAUUUGGCAGAGUCAGGGAAGCACUUCGUAACUACUAUAAUUAAUGGCUCUGAUCUGGUCCCCACGUUUUCAGCUUCUUCUGUUGAUGACCUCCGUUCCCAGGUGACAGCUUCAUCGUGGCUGAAUGAUUUGCGAAACCAAGUGGAGAGUACGAGGGUCUUAAAUGUAGUUUAUCGCUCUGCAACUGCUUUAGGAUCUCAUCUGCCCUCCAUAGCCAGCGCUAAAGCCCGGGUUGCUAGUGCUGGUGCUCUUCUGCGGCCAGUAUCCACCCGCACUCAGGGUGUGAUGAAGCGUGCACAGAACGUUGCACAAGCUGUAGUUCGGACCCGAUCAUCACUAUCAUCAUGGUCAUGCAUGGGUGAGCGCCGCCGCAUUGUGGGCAUGCUGUCAAGCUCGAAAGUGGAGGAUUUGUCGGAAGAUUCUCUUCUAAUCGAAACCACCUCUGAGACUCUCACAACCGAAGAGGUUGCUCCUGAGUCGGCACAUAACAAGACCGACUAUAACUCCGCUGGUGUCUCUGAGCUUGACAGCACAGAUGAAGAGGAGGAGGAGCUUUCUCGAGUAGAUCAAGUCCACACGGCAGGAGCAGGCGGCAUAACAGAAGGUGAGCUUUGGUUUGAGUUGGAAAAGGAGCUCCAUAGGCAGGAGAUUGAACCCGACAUUGAAGCCAAGGAAGAAGAAGCGGCUGCUGCCAAGGAGAUCACCGAAGAGGAAAAUGCAGUCGAGAACCAGGACCAGGCUGCUUCUUUGGAUGAGGUGGAAAGCCAUCGGUUCUAUCCUCCUGGGAGAAUCAUGCAUAUGGUCUCGCUGUCCAGUUCAUCCGGCGACACCGAGGUAGACCCUGACGGGCCAUCUGAGGAACGGGUCGGGAUUUAUGAGACGCCGAGAGAACUGUACAGUAGGAUUCGGCUCUCAAAGACCAUGAUAAAUGAUCAUUAUAUGCCAAUGUAUAAAAAGAUGAUGGAGACGUUGAUAAGAGAACUGGAAAAUGAUGUAGCCUGUAGUUGUGAGGUAUGAAAUGAAAAACAUUUGUUGCACCUAUUUCAACCUA